AAGCUCAAUCAGUUUCGGUUUAAUUGUGAGAACCCUACGAACCCUACCCUAACCAGCGGUUUUCCACAUUUUAGUGAAGUAUAUUGGAAAUUAGUUUGGAAUUGAUUGUGAUAUAGUACACAGAGGACAGAAUGCAGACGGCGACCGCAGUGAUUUUGGCUGGGCUUGCGGUGUUGGCUCUUUUUGGCAGCAGCACACAGGGCAAGGAUUGGUGGGAGAAUGGCAAUUACUAUCAAAUAUAUCCGCGUUCAUUUCGUGACAGCGAUGGUGAUGGUAUUGGUGAUUUGAACGGUGUCUCUGAGAAAUUGCAAUAUCUGAAGGAUAUCGGUUUCACCGCCGUUUGGCUGUCACCUAUUUUCAAAUCACCCAUGGCAGAUUUCGGUUAUGACAUCUCCGAUUUCUACCAGAUUCAACCUGAGUAUGGUACAAUGGAAGAUUUUGAGAACAUGAUCAAAAAAGCUAAGGAAGUCGGCAUUAAAAUCAUUUUGGACUUUGUGCCAAAUCACUCCAGUGACGAGAACGAAUGGUUCACCAAAUCGGUUGAUGGUGAUCCAGCUUAUGCGGAUUUCUACAUUUGGCACAAUGGUAAAAUCAAUGCAACGACCGGUGAACGUGAACCACCAAGCAAUUGGAUCAGCGUUUUCCGUUACUCCGCUUGGGAAUGGAAUGAUGUGCGUCAGCAAUACUAUUUGCAUCAGUUCGCCACUAAGCAACCCGAUCUCAACUACCGCAACCCAGCUGUUGUUAACGAGAUGAAAAAUGUUAUGCGUUUUUGGCUGGGUAAGGGUGUAGCUGGUUUCCGUAUUGAUGCAGUGCCCUUCCUAUUCGAGGUUGAGCUGGAUCGCUACAAUAAUUAUCCCGACGAGCCGCUGUCCGAUGAUGUGAGCACUUGCCCUGAUCCCGAUGAUCAUUGUCACUUGAAGCAUCCGUACACGCAAGAUCAGCCAGAAACUUUGGAUAUGGUCUAUCAGUGGCGCGCGUUGGCCGAUGAGUUCAAGAAGGAGCAUGGCGGCGACACGCGCAUACUGCUCACCGAGGCUUACACUAGUUUCGAUAACAUGAUACUCUACUAUGGUAAUGGCGUGUUGAAUGGCUCCCACAUACCUUUCAAUUUUGACUUCCUGACAAAUCUGCAGAAUGACACCAAGGCACCCUCGGUAGUGGAGCACAUUGAGAAAUGGUUGAAUGCUAUGCCAAGUGGCGUGAUCGCCAAUUGGGUGUUGGGUAAUCACGACAACAAGCGUUUGGCCUCACGAUAUGGCGUGCAACGCGCGGAUCUCUUCAAUAUACUGCUACAAACACUGCCGGGUAACGCGGUGACCUACAAUGGUGAAGAGCUGGCCAUGACCGACGUGUACAUCAGUUGGGAGGACUCCGUCGAUCCACAGGCUUGUAACUCCGAUCCGGAUCGCUACUACGGCUUAUCACGUGACCCGGCGCGUACACCAUAUCAAUGGGAUGCUUCACCGAACGCCGGUUUCACCUCUGGUGAUCACACUUGGCUGCCGGUUUCCGAUGACUACAAACAGAACAACGCUUUGGCCCAACUUCGUGCACCACAGUCGCACUUGCAGAUCUUGAAGAAGCUCGUACGUCUGCGCAAGGAGCCUUCAUUCCAGGAUGGCGAACUCAAUAUCAAGGCGGCCGACGAUGAUGUCAUCAUUUACUCCCGCCAAAAAGCUGGCAGCGACCUCUAUGUCAUUGUGCUGAACCUGGGCAGUACUGAUAAGACCAUCAACAUCAACUCUCACUACUCCCUGGGUAGCAGAGCCGAGGUGAUCACUACCUCAGUUCAGUCACAAUACACUGAUGGCGAGGUCAUCGAUCCAACCCAAUUUAAAGCCCAAGCCUAUGUGGGCACUGUCCUGGUGGCAGCUUAAUGAAUUUCCUAGUUUAGUAACUACUUCUCGUAAGAUAAGGAACAAAGCCACUCAGUAUACAUACAUUCGGACACCAAACAAAUUAGUUUAAGUUUUACUUAUAAACGUAUUCACAUUUAUACAUUUUAUUUAAUACGAAACGUAAAUGUUUUAUAAUAAAACAAAUGCAACCACA